UUUUCUGCUCGUAGAUUGUUGAAAGAUGGACUUGGACUGUGAACCAGCACCUUGAAUGCAUUCCCAACCGUUCCGGGAUGGGUGGUGGCGAUGGAAGGAUACAACUGCUUGCUCUUCCCAGUUACGGACUUCAGUCGUUCCUUCUGUCGUCGUUCCUUUGCUUUUCUUCCUGCAUCGCGAGAUGGCUGCAGAGAAUUUCGCACAGACGAAAGGACACAGACCGCCCAUAUAAGAACUUGAGUGUCGUGUAGCCACCGCUUCCCUCUGCGCCUCGUUUUUCUGCUUCGUUUCUUUCCUGUCUUCAAGGAUGCAUCUCACCGCAUCCAUUCUCGUCUCCCUGACGACAGCCGCCUCUGCCGUGACGGUGUUGGCGCCUCCAAUGAUCUCGAACGCGAGCAAUGAUCUUCCGAUAGUGAAGCUCGACUACACCACCGUCCAAGCCGUCGCGGGCAACGCAUCCAUCGGCUACUACAAGUUCCAGAACAUCCGCUUCGCCGCCGUUCCCACCGGCACCAACCGCUUCGCCAAGCCCCAGCCGCCGCCCAAGGAAACCGUUAUCAACAACGGCACCAAUCUCGCCACCCAAGGCGUCGCUUGCAACACCAACGAAGACUGUCUCUAUGUCGACGUCUGGGUUCCUGCUAAACGCUCCUCCAAAAGGCUGCCCGUCGUGGUGUGGACAUACGGCGGCGGCUUCACUGCCGGCAGUAAAGGCGAAAACACGCCCGAAGGACUAUUCGAUCUCUCCAAAGACUUCAUCUUUGUCGCCUACAACUACCGUCUCGGUAUCACCGGCCUUGCCAACGGGCCCACGUACCUCCACGAAGGCGGCACUUCCAACCUGGCCAUAUGGGACGUCCAGCACGCUUUCGAGUGGACGAAGAUGUACAUUCCUAGCUUCGGCGGUAACGCUAACGACAUCACCGCCGUUGGAUUCUCGGCCGGUGCGUCGCAGAUCAUGUUCCAGAUGACCCGGUUCGCUGGCCAUGCGCCGCAGCUGUUCAGCAAGGCGUAUAUCAUGUCGCCUGGGUUUGUACCAGGUGCCGGCCACCACCACGCCGAAGCCUUUUGGCAGAAUGUGUCGACCGCCGUCGGAUGUCCUGGAGGUCACCUGGCCUGUGUGCGCGCGGUCAACUUCACUGCCCUAAACACAGCCGCAAACUCCGUCGCCAGGAAAUACACGUACCAAUUCCAGCCGCGUGUGGACGGGGAUAUUAUCGCGGACACCUACGAGGCGCAAUUCUACCAAAAACGGUUCAACUUUGCUGGUCCGUGUGUUAUCACCCAUGAGCAACAUGAAGCCAACUCGCAGGCUUUUGCCGGCGUCAACACCUCUGCGGACGUCGCUACCUACCUCAGCAUAUUCUUCCCCGCCAUCGCCGACGACGUCGUCCAACAGAUUCUGGAUCUGUACCCAGAGAACGAAUACCCAUCCCCAGGCCUUCGUUUUGCCGACAUGAAGCAAUCGUUCGAUCUUGCGGCAAAGAACCUCGCUCUCACCAAUGCGCUCGGUAACAACACGUACAAUGGCAUGGUCGCGCUCGGCAGGGCUACCCACGGCACCGACCAGAGUUAUUACUUCUACAGCAACUACACCCUCCUCCCGAAAGUCUCCGGCGCUGGCCCUGGUGGUCCUGGUGGUCCCGGUGGUCCCGGCGGCCCACCAAGUGGAGGUCCACCCGGCGACAACACGCCUAUCGAUUCGACGAUCGCACGCACGAUGCAGAAGUAUCUCCUCUCCUUUGUUCUUUCCGGCGAUCCCAACAAGCUGUGGCCUGCUGAUAAGCUCGUUUGGCCGCAGUAUGGGAGUGUUGGGUCGAGGACUUUGCAGCUUGUGCUCAAUGACACUAUGUAUGUGGCGGAGGAUGAUUUGGCGAAUGCGAGGAGCUUGUUUUGGAAUAAGGCGCUUUGGUAUUGAGUUGGACGAUGGUGGUUGUGCUGUAGCUUGCGUUUUCGUCUCCGAAAUCACCGUCGUCCUACAUAGAGUUAUGCACGGUAGAAAUACAUAUGCACGUAUGUACUUAGCUGUCCUUAUACAUGGCCCGCUGCACCUGGAAGUAUCGCUUGGGUCUCUUUUCACUUUCCAGCGCUUGGGAGGCG